AUGGUCUUCUCAGUGUGUUGCAUUGUACUGUUGUAUGUUCUGCUUGCCACAAUCCCCACUCGGACAGUAGGUUCGCACAUGACCAUGCAGCCGCUUUCAGGGAAAUCGGAAAGUUCUGGAGGACAGGACGUAGCUGUGAUCAUUAUACCGGAGACAGGAGUAAUUCACACAGACUACACUUUACUGGGUCGUAUGGUUCAACAGUUGUACCCCUUUCGUCUGUGGGUGAGUCUCCUGGACACGAUCAGUGAGGGGACGUUGACUUUAGACAACCUACCAUUGCUGCUAGGAGAGUCACUCAACGAACUGGCAAGUACUGGAAUGAACCACAACGCCGAUGUCUUUCUGGCCGUGCAUGGACACCCAGGUCAUGUGACGGCAGACUACGCCCAGGCGGUGCCUUCAACAUUACGUGGACUCAUUCUCCUGGGCACAUUCCUGCCCAAACGAUUCAGCCUUGACCUGUUCCCGCUUCCAGUGUUGACUCUAGUCGGAGAACUUGAUGGGGUCGUUAGGAUCACAAGAGUGGCUCAAAUGUUAGGGUCUGUGAUGGCAGCCCACGAAGGUCAGCCCAGCCUUAUCACUCACAGCCCAGUGGUCCUGCUAGAGGGAGCUAAUCAUGAUGCCUUUAUCCUGGGCGACCUGCCGCCCCACCUGCACAACCUGGACAUAGAAGCCCAAGUGGACAAGACUGUUGUCAUGACUACGGCUUCCAACAUGAUGGCCAUGUUUGUUGCCAAAGUCUUGAAGCAGCCACAGGAUGUUGCUGAUGUUGCAGGGGACGUGUUCAGGGCAACUUUUGAACAUGCAGUUAAUGUAACUGAGCCAAUCAGAUCGCUGAUGGAGAUGACUCAGGAUAAUCUCAAAUCCUAUUGGGUGAAGUCUGCUCAGAAAUGGUUGUCUGGGUUAGAGGGAAAGCACUCUACACAACUUGAG